AUGAAUAGACUAAUAUUAAAUAAAGCGACUUCAUCAAAUGAUGAGCCAACACCGGGUUAUCUUUAUAAUGAAAUUUCUCAGAUGACAUUUUGUUCAAAGGAAUCACUAAUUUUAGUUGGAGAAUAUUUAUUGAAAAAACUACAAAGGACAGAUUUAAAUGUAAAAUUAAAAACAUUAAAAAUAUUAAAACAUUUAUGUGAUAAAAAAAGAUCUGAUUUCAGAACUUUUUUAAAAAAAAAAAUUGAUAUAAUUAAAGAGUGUCAAACAUGUAACAUUGUUAAUGACGAAUUGAAAGGAGAAACUCCAUCUAUGCUUGUUAGAAAGGAAGCAACUGAUUUAAUUAGGUUAAUUUAUUCUUAUGAUACAAUAGAAAAUAAUACAAAAAGUAUAUCAAGUAGCAGUCAAGAUAUAGUGAAAAAUAGUAGAAUAGAAGGAUUUGGAAAUAAGGUAUUUGAGAAAGAUAAUCAUUAUAAUAAGAGUGAUAGAAUAAUAAGUGAUAUAAAUGGAAAUAAAAAUUUAUAUAAUAGUUAUCAUAAUAAAAGUUAUAUGAAUAAAAUGUCCGGUUUUGGUAAUCCAUACUUUAAUCAAAAUCCAUCUCAAAAAACAAAAGGAGAAAUAGCUUUUAAAUAUUUGAAUGAAGUUGCUAGCAAAUAUAUACCUUCUUCUUUUGUUAAUAAAAUAAACAAAGUUAGUGCAUCUAUAACAAAAAAUUAUUCAAAUGGAUCAUUAAAUAUUCAAAGUAUAAUGAAUGGAAAUUCAUUUAAUAAAAAUUUUGAAAAAAAUAAUGUUAAAAAAAUUGAAAAUUAUAGUUAUUCUCAUAAUAAUUAUCCAAGUCUUAAGAGAAUAGAAAAAGUAAGAAAACCUCAAGAAUCACAGAUUUCUGGAAUUUAUGAAACAAAAAUAAUCGACGAUAUUUUAAAUACUACUGGUAUUAAAAAAAUACCAUCUGAAAAUGUUUUAAAUGAAUUUUCACAAAAAUGUGAGACUCUAGAUACAAAAUUAAUAGUAUCUAUUCUUACAUCUAAGUUGAAAAAUAAAUAUCCAAAUGAAGAAGAAACUUGGAAAUAUAAAUUUAAAGUAUUAUGUGUUAUAAAACAUUUAUUAAUUCAUAGAAAGAAAAAAGAAAAAGAAAAAGCAAUUGAAACCUUAGAAUCAUUAAUACAAAACUUGAAAAAUCAAACUUUAGAAGAAUUAUAUAGAUCGAAAGAAAUUAAACAGUUAAAAAAACAGGUCAUUGAAAUUUUUAUUUUAAUGGGUUUGCAACAAAAAGUUCCAAAUGAUGAAAUGAAAAAAGAAAUUAAAGAAAAUAUUGAAAUUCCUAAUUUACUAGAUAUUGAUGAUGAUAUUAAGAUAAAUAAUAAUAACAGAAAUACUACUACUACUACUACUACCUCUACUACGACUACGUCUACGACAAAUAUUAUGACUAACAUUAACAGUAAUAAUAAUAAUAAUGAUAUUAAUAAAAAUAAUGAUAUUAAUAAAAAUAAUUAUAAUAAUAAUAAAAAUAGUAAUAAUAAUGAUAUUAAUAAAAAUAAUAAUAAUAAUGAUAAUAAUAAUAAUGAUAUUAAUAAAAAUAAUAAUAAUAAUGAUAUUAAUAAAAAUAGUAGUUCAUAUUUUGAUAAUAGCACUAAUUUGAUUAUUCUUGAUAAUAUUCAAAAUUCUUCUAAAAUAAGUGAUAUUUACUUCAAUGAUACUAAUAAUAAUCAUUUGUCAUCCCACUUAAAUGAUAACAACAAUUGCGUUAAUAAUAAACCAAUAAAUAAUAUAAAUCAUUUGAAUUAUAAUAAAAAUUACCAAAAUUAUGAAAACAAUGAAAAAAAAGAUUAUAAUGAAAGUUUAAUGUAUAAUUUUGAUAAUUUUUCAGUUAAUAAUCAAAGUAUUAAUAACGAAUUAUUCAGCAGUUUAAAUGUUAAGUGUUCUAAUAAAAUAAAUACUACUGCUAAUAAUAAUUCGUAUAAAAUAAAACUCAAUAAUUCUUUUAAUUCUAGGAAUAAAGAAAAUGAUUAUUUAGAAAGAACAAAUGAUUUUUUGAGUGAAAACAAUUCUUCUUCUAAAAUAAAAGCAGAUUGUAAAAGUUUGUCAAAUUUAAUUUUUAUAGAUGAUAAGAAUGAAAAUAAUAAAAAAAACAUGACAUUAAUAAAUAAUAAAAACAACGAAAGAAAUUUAAAUUAUGAUAAUAAUUUUUUUCAUUUUGAAAGUAACAACUUUGAUAAUAAUUCAAAUUGUAGAGAAAUAAAAACAUCGGAUUCAAAGAACUUUUAUUUAAAUGGUAUAAAUCAAAUUAAACUUGAUAAUUCAAGUAAUAUGAAUACAAAUAAUUCUAGUGAUAAUAAAAAUAUUUGUGAUUUAAAUAAUAAUUUGGAUAUAUUUCAUAUAGAAAAGGACAAUUCCUUUAUAAAAAAUGAUUUAAAAGAUACAAAUAAUUAUAAUGUAGAUGCACCCUUAAUAGAUAUAAAUGAAAAUCUUUGUAAUAUUAGGAGUAAAAGUUUCAACAAUAUAACUAAUUAUGAAAAUAAAUAUUUAAAUGAUUUGCAGAAUAAUGAAAAUAGUAGAAAUUAUAAAAGUUUUGAAACUUUUUCGAAAAAAAUUAUAAAUGAAAAAAAUAACACCAAACAAUUAAAUGAUAUAAAUUGUUUUUCUGAUAAAUUUGAAAAUUCUUUAAGUAAUUCUAUGAAAAUUGAUGAUCAUCAUAUAAAUAAUUUUUUUAAUUCCUUUACGAUAACUUCAAAAAAAAACGAAGAAUGUAAUAAGAAACCAAAUGUAAAAAUAGAUGCAUUUGAACUCUUAGCAAAUGAACUGAAGUUGUAA